GGAAUAGUCGUUGUAUAAGUCCUCUGAGUCUGUCGGGAAUAAAAGUAGAAAAGAAGAAAAGACACCGAAUCGAGGGUAAGAGGAUGGGGUAGAGAUAAUGACGUCUUACGAACUGUUGGCAAAGAGUUUAUUACCGGGUCCACUGGAGUUUCAUCGCGGCUGAAUAAUUACGAGGAGAAUAACAAGUUCAUUUAAUCCUCCCGCGAUGAAACUGUCCAAUAUGAGGUAACACUGAGGGCUAGGUAUAACAAUUCCCUUUUGCGUAAUCCUAUUUUCAUCGAGUCAAUAAUUCAUCUGAUGUUGUCACGAGUGUUAUAACAAAGUGAACAAUUUUUCAAACAAUUUUCCCGAUAAUUCGAUGUUCGUGUCCACUAUCUGACUUGCAUGCAAUCGAGGGUUAUCGAGGUUGGUAUAAAGUCGCUUGAAAAUAAUGGAGUAAAAAAUUUUGAAACGUCAACGCCUUCACAUCGACAUGAAAAUCGUCGGACUCUUUCUCCAGCUGAUGUGGGUAUUUCUCAUCGUUCGAGGGGACGACAAGGAUCCGCAUGGACCCAUCAGAGAGAAAUGUAAAAAACAGUUUGGAUUGACUACUGAGGAACUCGAGGCGGCCAUUUCCGAUCCCACGGACCAGGGGUGCUAUUUGUUGUGCUUCUUGAAGGAUUUGUCCAUCAUGGAUGACAAUGGGGAGUUUUAUCCUGACGCUGCUGUCAAUGCUAUUGAGGAGGGUGCCAGAGACCAGGCGAAACCUGUCAUUUUCUCUUGCUCUGAGCAAGAGAAAAUGUCGACGAGUAAGGACGCCUGUGAUCGCGCUUUAGAAGUGGUUUUAUGUGUUAAAAAAGAGGCUCCUCAGUUGUACGAAAAUUUCGGGCUGUUCCACCCUCUGGGGCAGUAGCAGUGAAUCCUGGAAAAAUGGACCUCAUUCAAAUAUUCAAAUAUUCAAAAAUAGAUGAAAAAUAUGAUCAUUCAAAAUGAUCCCAUGAACGACGUCCUUGCACGCAAUUGCAGUCAAUAAAACCGAGUAAAAAAAAAAAAAUAACUGGCAUUUUC